AUGUCAAAACGCGCCAUCUUCGGACCGGAUGGACAUCGGGUUUGGGCUGUCUGGACGCACCGUUUUUACGAACCCCCGAGUGAAACAGCUUCCAUGAACACGUUGCACAUCUCGCGACUGGUCAUUGAGAACGAGGUUCUCUGGGAGUCGGACUUGCAGGUGGAGGCCCUGCGAGCGGUUCUUUGGGCUGCACAAGCUGAGGCCGCUCAAUGGGGACUACAUUCCGUGAAAUUCUGGGGGCCGUCUACCGCGGUGCAGGAGAUGGUGAAGCGGACGGGAAUUGAGUACCGACACCAAGACCGCGAGGAGGACGAAAUCUGCAGUCUCCGAUGGUAUGGAGGAGGGAGUGGCCUGGAGGACGAGGUGGAGUGGGCUGGGAAUGAGAAGUAUGGCUGGUGCUAA